CAAUAGUUGACUGACCUAUCCAUGUAAGAUUAUAAGAGCUUUUUGACCCACCAACCGCCAUUUACUGAAGUCUACGCUUGCACCAAAAUAAAAUUUCUUAAUAAUGUAAACCAAACACUAUUUAUCAAUAUGAACAGAAGUAUAUGUAACAACUUGUAUAUUAUCAUUGAUUCGCAGUUUCAAUUAAAACAAAUUUGAAGGUUUUGAUCUAUCAGAAUCUGGCCCUGCCCCUGUAACAUGAUCAGCAAAGACUUGAAAGUGUUAUGGCAGGAAUGGCACGUCAAACUAGCAGUAUUAUUCAGCCUAUUACUGCAGGCACUACUUCUUUUAUUGGCUACAUUUAGAAAAAGAACAGCCAGCACUUUCAUGAGGUACUUUAUUUAUGCAAUUUACUUGUUGAGAACCAACGUAGCAUAUGCUACUUUUUACCUUAUAGUUGGAGCUCGCCUUUUUGGUAUGAGUGAUAUGCCCUCUGGUCUCUGGGCUGCGGUCAUGUUGCUCCAUUUGUCUGGCCAAGAGCGGCUCACUGCCUACUCAAUAGAUGACAGCAACCUCUGGCGUAGCUCGAGCCUCAGCAUCUUCUGGCAAUUAUUAAUUCAUCUUGGCCUAUUUUUGCCCCAGAGAGACUUACCACUUCCUACCCAUGUCAUUUUUUGUCUUGCGUUGUCAAGGCUUGUUUUAAGAGCCUUUCGAUUAAGGAUGGGAACACAGGAAACUACGGUUCCUGGGGUAGUUCCAUUUGGUGACCUUGAGGUUGCGCAGAACCAGCAGUUGAUGAUGUCGAUGGUCAACACAGAUAAUGGUGAUUAUUCACUGAUAGUGUGGCGAGCUCAUUGUUUGCUCAAGACAUCUUUGCGCCUCAUUGCAGACGCCAAGUGUUGCCAUGAUGUAGUGCAUCAGGUACGCGAUUUCUUCCUACACAUUACAGAUCCAAACUAUGCUAUUAGAAUAACAGAGAUUGAGCUUAACUUUAUUUAUGAAUCGUUUCACACUGAUGGAACUAUCCGUAAGCAUCUGAACAACAACUGGAAUAUCAUAUAUGCUUCUGUACGGAGUAUUGAAUCUCUUUUUUGUGUCCUGGCUCUUAUCUCUUUCAUGUUAAAGUCUUCGGACUUAUCACGUAUUGAUUACUUUAUCACUAACCUGUUGCUCUGGGGGACUGUCACCCUGGAGCUCAUCUCCUUCAUCUUCACGGUUUUUUCCGAUUGGACUAUAGCUGCCUUAAGAUCAGGUAAUGAUAGUCAAAUCAUUGUUGCUGAGAAGUUAUUUCAGGUUGUUCCUCAGAGACGGGGCUGGUGGUCUGAUUACCCAAUCUAUAAAACUGCUCCAAGGUGGGUAAAGCUUGCCCGAAACCUUUUCCGAAGGUGGUCUGAGACCCUUUUCGGAUUCAAUUUCGUAAGCUACUGUAUACAAACACGUUCUCUAGGACAAAAAUCAAAAGAGUGCAUGCGACAAUUGGAUGAACUUACAGGUACACAGAAUCUAAUUACAAGCUUCAGGUUUGUAUCUAAUGAUUGGUAUUCUGACGAACUAGGUAAAUUCGUUUUCAAAGAGUUGCAAAAGAGACCAAGGGAAAUACUCUUUUCAUUGAAAAACAAUGUUUGGUUAACAGACGAGUCUUACAACACUAGUGUGCUAGCUUGGCACAUUACUACAGAAGUCUUGUACAAUUUGACUGCAGAUCAUCAACAACAGGAUGGUUCAGAACAUUGCAGAUAUAGUAAAAUUCUUUCAGAUUACAUGGCUUAUCUUCUCUAUAUGAAGCCACACUUUCUCGCCAAAACACGGUCGUGCAAUAAUCCUUUGCGAAAAAGUGAAUCAGCUGAAAUAUACAUCCAAAAAUUAGCUGAACCCGAACAAGGCGAAAAAUUUGAGGAUUACCUUAAAAGAUGUUGUCUGGGUAUUUUACACUUAAAUCUUCCUGAUGUGUUGCACGAUAACUAUUACGUGCAAAGUCUGUGUCUCGCUAUUUCUAAAGUUUCUGAGCUCGGGGAUUUUCGUUUGGGUGAGAAGAAUUCACAACUUUGGUGCAAAAUUAGUGAAGAGUGGGUAGAUAUUUUGCUGUAUGCUGCAAGUAAAUAUGAUGAGCUUGAACAUGUACGAGGUCUUUGUCAUGGGGGUGAGUUUAUAAGCAUUGUUUGGCUGUUGGCAUUUCAUUUGGGAUUGUUUCAAAAGGAGAUGGCUUCUUCAUCAACAACUUGAAGUCAUUUAUGUCAAUUAGUUGAUGUAUGGAUUGAUUUUUGUCCACCCCUCAUUUUAUAGAAGUAUAUAGCUUAUAGGGUGGCCUUUUGUUUUAUUAAAUAUAAAAAUGAUAUGUAUUUUGAUACUUUUGUUUGAUUUGUGUUUCAAAUAGUUGUAAAUUAUAAUCCCUUCUUCUCAAUUUUUACGUUUGUCAUUUUGGUUGGUUUAAA